UCAUUAAGCAGAAAAGAGCAUUGGUCCUUGUGUGACCUCAGGUUCGCAGCUCGGUGGGAAUCGGCAGUUAAAGAGCGGGUUUCCAUCCAGCUAGUCUGUAAUGGCCCAGCUGCUCCUAAAGAAGCUUCACUGUCUUCACAGCUCGGUGACCCGCUGCAUAUUCCCUUGCAUAUCACUCGCAGGUUCCCGGCCGGUGUUCCCAGCUAUCCCGACUUCUUUCCUCCACAGUCACGGAGCUCAGCUGAGCUCCAACCGGACGUCGGUGGUCCGCUGCGGACGGCAGAAGUAUGAGCGGCAGUACUUAGUCCUCCUGGUCCGCCCGGACGGCUCCACUGUUAGCAUCAGAUACCAGGAGCCCAGACGGCUUCUCCUGAUGCCUGUAAACCUGUUGACUCUGCCUGAAGAGGAGCGCCGCGCUCGCCAGAAGAGGAGGGAAGUGAAGAAGACCAAAACACAGACAGUAGAUCUGUAUGAAGAUGACUUUAAGGUGGACAGCUACAGCCACUUGUGGAAAAAGAAAUGACUUCUGUAUUCACUGAUGUAAAAUUAGACAAAAUAGUUAAAACUGUUAAACAUAAAACUGGGUGUGUUUAUGUUGUGGCGAUAUUUGGCAGAACUACCACCGAGUGUCCUGAUUCAGAUGGCAGUGUGUGGUAUCUAUCUGGAAUACGGAAAGCUGAUUUGUUUGAUAUUCUCUGACAUGCUGCUGAUCAUCAGGUUACCAUGGCAGCAAGUCGUACUGAGCCAUGCUGGUGGCAGCAUUCCAACAUUUCCAGCUCCAGGAGUCACUGUAGUGGCUGUGUAUAGAUCCUGCUUCUGACAUCACAUCAACCAGUUUUAUACUACAUGAUGAGAAAUACAUUACAUACCACUAUUAUUUUAUUUAAUAUCUCUAAAAUUCUUAAAAGUCAAAACCUAGUGAUGAAAUGUUCCACAUUAAUGAGCUGAUUAAAUGACUAAAUCCUU